CGGAUACCAAUUUUUUUGUUUUUGAUGCACGUCUCGACAUCUUCUACAGUCUACCAGAGGCACUUUUUCACCUACGAAACAAUGCCGUCUCGCUCUCGAGAUCACCACCACGACGAUAUUUCCUUACACCAUGCAAAUUAACCAACCAAUCUCUGCCUCGCACUUGUCAUUCCCUUUGUCCAUCCGUGACCGCUUAUCUCCACGCACGCUGAUUUAUUUAUAUGUCUGUCUCACCUCUAUCCAUGGAAUUUUAUAUACCCUGUUCUUUUCUUUUCUUUUCUUCCUACGAAUGACAUUGAUCUUGAUUAUUACCCUCACACUCUCUCCCUUCUUAUAUGUCUCCUUUCUCUACUCUCUUCACAUUUCAUACGAUAUCGUCUUUUAGUUCUCUCUAUUCUGGUAGAUACUUUUAUGUUAUCUAACCUAGGUUAGGUUAGGUUAGCAUAACUUAGGUUAGAAUUCAAAUGGAUAUAUAUAUUAUGAUGGAAAUGUCAG